UUGAUAGGAGGUACCUAAGCAGCUACUACCUAAACAGUGAGCAGGUGAGGGAGGCACUACCCUGAAGUAUUGUAUUGUACCUAAUGUAAGCCAGACAAGCCGUAGAAGGGUCAAGCGGUCUGUCCAUCGUAGAUCCCUAACUUUGAACCUGAACCUACAUAUUUCAUAUUUACAUAUUUACAUAUUUACAUACAUUUGCUCACUUCAUUCUCUGUCUUAGAGCUGAAGGGUUACACGCCCACCUCGUGUCUCUAUCGUUAGGUAUAGCUUGUUUACUUACUUGCUUGCUUACUUUCUAAACAACUACUUGCUUAUGCUUGCUGCUUAAUACGUCUUUACCCUCUCUCCUACGUUGGCAUCUAUAGCUACGCCGUAACCCUAGCCAAGAAUUUAUCAUGUCGCUCCCUUCCAACGUCCACGUCUCUAAGCACCCGUGCUUGGUGGCCAAGCUAAGUCGUCUACGGUCUAAGAGCACAGAGUCUCGAGAAGUCAAGUCUUUAAUAAAUGACAUCUCUUUGAUCCUCGGAUGCGAAGCUCUGGCUGCAUCCUUGACGCCUGUUGAUGGACCAAAGGGCGAGACUCCCAUCGGGUACGAAUAUACCACAACGACGCUACGGCCGGAAGCUCUAUCAAUAGUCCCUAUCCUUAGAUCGGGUCUCGGUAUGGUAGAAGCGAUACAAACCCUACUUCCUGAACCCGUCCCCGUACACCACUUAGGCUUGUAUCGGGAGCCCAGCACGCUCGAGCCCGUCGAAUAUUACAACAAUCUUCCACAUCAUGUCUCUACUUCGGCGAGCGAGCCUGGAACGAACGCGUCGAGUUUAGCUAUCAUCGUAGACCCCGUUAUCGCAACCGGAGGAACUUGUGCGGCUGCCAUACAGACGCUCAAGGAGUGGGGUGCUAAGCGCAUCAUUGUCCUAUCUGUCAUUGCGGCCGCCGAUGGUGUGCGGCGCGCUGCCGAGGAGUGGCCCGAGGCUGUGGAUAUAUGGGUUGCGGGCGUCGACGCUGAGCUCACACCGAAUGGUAUGCUCAAGCCGGGUGUGGGAGACGUGGGAGAUCGUUUGUUCUUGACAAUAGGGAAGUAAAGAUACCAAUGAUAGAUCAUCCGCAUGAAUGAAAUGAAUAUUAGCUAGACUAAUCACU